CCGCUCCGCACCUGGGUUCAGUUACGUUCCUCCCGUCGUCGUCAGUCGGCUGGAGUGUUUCAGCAUCAGUGAUUUAUACAUUAUAUAUGCUUGUAAUAGGAUAACACGAUGAUGAUGCUGAGGUGUAAAGGAGCUUCGCACCAACACCUUCACGUGGGAUUUUUUCUUCUGAUUUGUAUCAUGGUCUCAUAUUUAGUAAUACCAUAUAUUUCGCCACAACUAAAAAGCUUUUCGGAAACAACUCGAUAUUCAGACGUGGCGAGACCCAGACAUGCAGCUUUCACCGAGCACGCAGCUUUCGUCGAGCACGCAAACACAGAGGAGCCUAACGCAGGACAUACACGCUACGGAGAAGCAGAGGAGAUCUACAGACAAGUGGAGAGUAACAUCUACUACAACAAGCAAUAUUCUCUGGCGCUCCUGAGACAAUUUAACACUCAGAUCUCGGGCCAAACUGAACAGGAAAAACUCAAAGAGGCGAUAGAGGAUGUCAAACACUAUUUCAGAGUAACCCAGUACGACCUCUGGAGAUUCGGCAACGAGUCUGGCCUGCAUGCUUGGCAGAAGAAGGAGAUGGAGGCACUUGGCGACCUGAUACAGCACCGAAUUCACGCGUUACAAAAUCCUGCCGACUGUAAAUCUGCCAAGAAAAUCAUAUGUAAUAUCCCAGUCGCUAUUAAGGCUCGCGGAACAGGCAGCCAACUUCAUCACAUCAGCUACUGCUUCUUGGCGGCGUAUGGGACACAAAGAACGCUCAUUAUUAAAAGGAAGGAGACGAAGUCAAUGGUCAUAGAUAUGGACCCCUAUUUCCUCCCUCUCAGUGAAAGCUGCACCCAAACGACCCAAACGAUUGCUAAGUGGCCAGGCACAGAGGACUCUCCUGUAGUGCAAUUCCCAGACACUGACAGACCCUUCCCGCGACCGAACUACUUGCCAAGGUCAGUGCCACGGGAUAUUGCCCAGCGCCUCACAAAAGUCCACGGCGACCCUUUCGCCUGGUGGAUGGGACAGUUCUUUAAGUAUACCAUGAGAAUGACCCGGGGAUUCCAGAAGUAUGUUGAGAAGCUUGGUGAUCGUCUAGGCUUCAAGGGUCCUAUUGUUGGAGUGCAAGUCAGAAGAACAGACAAGCUGCGCCACGACUCCAGACUCAUAGGACUGGAGGAAUACAUGGAGGCCGUGGACGACUUUUUCGACGACCUGGAGCUUCGGGGGACGAAGGUGACGACUCGUAGGAUCUACCUGGCCACAGACGACCCGCAAGUCCUCAUGGAAGCGAAGAAAUUCCCCAACCACACCUUUGUGUACAACGAGGAGAGCAUCGCCACCGCUAGUUUGAGCCAGAGGAGGACCGAGGCCAACGUCAAGAAUUUCAUGGCUGAUAUUUACUUCCUCUCUCGCUCAGAUUUCCUCGUGUGCGCCAUGUCGUCCAAUAUAUGCCGACUGGCCUACGAGCUCAUGCAGACCCUCCACCAGGACGCCUCCAGGAAGGUCUUCUCCGUGGAUUCGCCUUAUUGGUUCCACUUCCAGAGCGACCAUGAGGUGGAGGCGAGGUACCCCCACACGCCCCGCAGAGAAGAGGAGAUCGAGCUGCAGAAGGGAGACCGCGUGAGGGAGAUCCUGAGGUACUACAGCAAACACCGCAACUACCACGACGGCUUCAUCCACGGGUUCAAUCAGAGAACGAGAAAAGCCGGCUUGUACCCGAUCUACAAGACGGUGGAUGUCCUGCGGCUCGCGGACACGCCGCCCUUCGACGCGAUUGAUAUGAGGGACAAGUAAUUGGGUUUUUUAUUGAAAAAAUCUGCGUCUUUCUUUCUUUCUUUUUCUUGCUUAGUUUCCUCUUUUAUUUAUUUAUUUUCAAUACUUUUUUUGUUACUCUUCCUGUUAGUUGUUUUCUGGUUACUCCUUCUGUUAGUUGUUUUCUAAGAACUUUAGUUGUGAUUCCCUAAUUGUGUUCUGCUGAGAUGAGGAAGUCUGUUCAUAAAUGAGUGUCCUGACUAUUGCUGAAAAGUCUUUUAGAUGUUCGAUGUUACUCAAGAUAUUUAGGCAAAUGUCAGUGUAAUGUUAUUUUUUCUAUUAGUUACGAAUGAUUUAAAUUAUUAUUUUUUUCCUCAGGCUUAAGGGUAGUGUCAGGUCUGUUAAUUUUGAAAGAUCUGUGACUAAUAAUUUGUGUUUAAUGAUUCAAGUUCUCUCGAUGUUUAUCCAAGGAGUCACACACACAC